GUCGCAGUUGGAGGAAGUGGGGCUUUUACAAUUAGGUAGGGCUUGUUUCUGAGAAUACACAACACAGCCAGCGAAAUGGAGUAAAGUCAACUGUUCUUAUUCGGACUCAAAAGGGAUAACAAGAGGAAAUCGGUGCCUCUUGGAGGACCGUAAACAAACAGGAUAUCAAACGUUCUCCCGCGUCGUCAGUCUGUCGAAUGCACAGAUCUCAGCUGCGGCUUGUGCUGAUUGAGGAGCAGAAACGUUUGAUGGUUACAACUUUACGGAGGAAGUCACUGACGGGCAGCAAAUAUUACCAAGUUAUAUGUACUUAGGUUCUUAGUUUAUAUUUAAUUGCCUCUUCGUCAGCUAGUUGGCAAGCUGUUGAUCGCAAAAAAAAAUUGUAACUUGUUGUUGAAGACUCGGUCGCGAGGGACCGUGGACGGUUACCAAGCUAAGAUUAUCUUAACUAGCCCAUUUCCUCCAACACCCCCUCCCCCAUUAUAGCUAGCUAGCUAGCCACUGUCUCCAUAUCAGAGCCCACACACUGGGGUGAAAUAGAUGACUAUGGUUAAUUUUGUGCGGUUUCGUUGGUCUCUUGUGAAAUAACAUGGAUUUGGCUGAAGAUCAGGAUUCGUUACCUAACUGAGAUGGCGAGCUAGCUAGCGAACUGGAUGAGUGGGUUUCGUGUCGUUGCGAUAAAGCGGUUGUGUUAGCUAGCGCUAGUUUGUUACCUAUGCUUCGUAUAUUAACUAGCCCAAAUUCAGCUAUCUAACGUUACUGGUUAACUCGCUACCAAGUAGCACCGGUUUCCACAGAAGCUAGUAAUAACACUUCUCCCUUGUCGACCACGUAAAUUGAGAAUCUAGCUGGCUGAUUUCGUGGCUGAAUUUACAGUUUAAAUGUGGCAUCUAACGUAAAGUUAGUGCCAACAACUGAAUGCUUGUUAUCUUGAUAGCUAAGUUCGAUAGUUGUCGCCAACGUUAGUUAGCUAAAGUAGAUUUUAGUCGGGUAUAGUUUUUGCGUGCUGGAUAUUCAGCUGGCAACCUACAUCUGUGGUUUGAUUGAUGUCCUCUUCCUAAUAUCGCUGUGUAGGAUCCUAUGCCAAUAAGACAAUUGUUUUGAUUUUUCAUGUUGGUGAAUAUGUUUGAACCUGAACCUCACUACUGUAUUCGCUAGUAUCUGGACCAUUCAUUCGUCAGUACUUUUUUUGUGUGAUACAGGCGAGCUGGCUUGCUCUUGUUAUUUUAGCUUUCUACCCCUGUCAUCGUUAUUACACGAGGAUGUCUUUAUCGAAUACCAAUUCGAUAAAGUGAUACAACCCACCUUUGUCGACGCAUAAAGUCAUGUUUUAUUUUGAAGCAGAUGCGACGAGACACAAUUAGGAAGCUUGAAGCAUACGUCUAGCUGGAGUACCACGUACCGCAAUAUUACAUUUUUAGCUUUUCAAGAAGAUAAAACAAACUAUGUGGCUAGGAUCAGUGGGGAUUCACAGUUAUUAGCUAGUUGCCUUGCUAGUUCGCCACAUCUAGCAGGUGGGCCAUCUAAAAUAAGUGAAGCUCUCUGAAAGGUGGUAAACGAAAUCUCUCAUCAAUCUGGUCUGGCCAUUGAAACCACUACCAUUUUGGCACACAAAAAAAUACCCAGAUGAUAAAUACUAUUUUUUUUUUGUGUAACAAUGGUUGUGUUUUGAGCGACCGUGUGUGCCGAACCUAGAGGAAGAAAACGACACGCUUCAUUCGAUGGUCACCCCUGUCAUCCGCAUAGCUGCCUCGGUCGACCAGGUUGGAACUAGGUUUUAAAGAUUUUCAGUGGACAUUUGCUUUAUCUUUCAACAAAAAAAAAAUCCUUCCCACGGCUGGUGUUGUAUCGACUCGGUCGAACCAGGGUUGAAGAUGGCGGACCUCGAAGCAGUUCUCGCCGAUGUCAGCUAUUUGAUGGCGAUGGAGAAGAGCAAAUCUACUCCAGCGGCCCGAGCGAGCAAGAAAAUCAUACUGCCUGAAUCCAGUAUUCGCAGUGUGAUGCAGAAGUACCUGGAGGAAAGAGAUGAGCUGACCUUUGACAAAAUCUUCAACCAAAAGAUCGGGUUUCUGCUGUUCAAGGAUUUUUGUUUGAAUGAAAUAGAUGAGGCCGUACCACAGCUCAAGUUCUACGAAGAAAUUAAGGACUACGAGAAGUUGGAUUCUGAAGAGGAGCGGUUGUGUCGUAGCAGACAGAUCUAUGAUGGAUACAUCAUGAAGGAACUCCUCUCCUGUUCACAUGCCUUCUCUAAGAAAGCAGUAGACCACGUUCAGACUCACCUGGCCAAGAAACAGGUGCCUCCCUCUCUCUUCCAGCCGUACAUAGUGGAGAUCUGUGACAGUCUGCGAGGGAUGAUCUUCCGCAAGUUCAUAGAGAGUGACAAGUUCACUCGUUUCUGCCAGUGGAAGAAUGUGGAGCUGAACAUCCAUUUGACGAUGAAUGACUUCAGUGUCCAUCGUAUCAUUGGCCGGGGGGGUUUCGGGGAGGUGUACGGCUGCAGGAAGGCUGACACCGGCAAGAUGUAUGCCAUGAAGUGUUUGGAUAAGAAGAGGAUCAAGAUGAAGCAGGGAGAGACUCUGGCUCUGAACGAGAGAAUCAUGUUGUCCCUUGUCAGCACAGGGGACUGUCCGUUCAUAGUGUGUAUGACAUACGCCUUCCACACACCAGACAAACUCUGUUUCAUUCUGGACCUGAUGAACGGAGGGGACCUACAUUACCACCUGUCCCAGCAUGGUGUGUUCAGUGAGAAGGAGAUGCGUUUCUACGCAGCAGAGAUCAUCCUGGGACUAGAACACAUGCACAACCGCUUUGUCGUCUACAGAGACCUCAAGCCUGCUAACAUCCUAUUGGAUGAGCAUGGUCAUGUGCGUAUCUCAGACCUGGGUCUGGCCUGUGACUUCUCCAAGAAGAAACCUCACGCCAGCGUUGGUACCCAUGGAUACAUGGCCCCAGAGGUGCUUCAGAAGGGGACAGCUUACGACAGCAGUGCUGACUGGUUCUCCCUGGGCUGCAUGCUCUUCAAACUGCUCAGAGGGCACAGUCCCUUCAGACAGCACAAGACCAAAGACAAACAUGAGAUUGACCGGAUGACGCUCACUAUGAACGUGGAGUUGCCAGACUCGUUCUCUGUGGAGCUGAAGGGUCUAUUGGAGGGUCUGCUGCAGAGAGACGUGGUGAAAAGACUGGGCUGCCUGGGACGAGGGGCCCCAGAGGUGAAGGAGCAUCUGUUCUUCAAAGGCAUUGACUGGCAGCAAGUGUAUCUCCAGAAGUAUUCUCCCCCUCUCAUCCCUCCUAGAGGAGAGGUAAAUGCAGCAGAUGCUUUUGACAUUGGUUCCUUUGAUGAGGAGGACACCAAGGGCAUCAAGUUGUUGGACAGUGACCAGGAGUUGUAUAAGAACUUCCCGCUGGUCAUCUCAGAGCGCUGGCAGCAGGAGGUGGCUGAGACGGUGUACGAGGCGGUCAACUCCGACACGGACAAGAACGAGGCCCGCAAGAGGGCCAAGAACAAACAGCUGGGCCACGAGGAGGACUAUGCCCUGGGGAAGGACUGUAUAAUGCACGGCUACAUGUUGAAGCUGGGGAACCCGUUCCUGACGCAGUGGCAGCGUCGAUACUUCUACCUGUUCCCCAACCGAGUGGAGUGGAGGGGAGAGGGGGAGUCACGGCAAAACCUGCUGACGAUGGAGCAGAUUGUGACGGUGGAGGAGACGCAGAUUAAAGAUAAGAAGUGCAUCCUGCUGCGCAUCAAAGGAGGGAAGCAGGUUGUCUUGCAGUGUGAGAGUGACCCAGAGUUUGUCCAGUGGAAGAAGGAGCUGACCGAGGCGUUCACUGAGGCCCAGAAGCUGCUGCGUCGCGCUCCUAAGGUCAUUGGGAAGGGACGGGCUGGGGGGGUGGAGCUCUCCAAACCUCCCCUCACACACCACAACAGCAACGGCCUGUAGGCUACACACCUGCACACACACACACACUGCAUCUUAUAACCUCAUCCCCUAUGACCCCGCCCCCCCAGCCCUAGACACACACACACAAACA